AACACCGUGAGACUUGGUGAUGUGGGCCGAAAGAGUACAGACAGCGCGGAUCGAGGACGAGUAAAGUGAAACAUCCACAUGCGAAGAAGCCCAUCCCACGGGUUCCCACGCCCAGGCCUCGGGCUGCGAAUGUUUGCCAACUUUCUUUUCCGCUAUCUCCUCCAAUGACCGAUCUCUUUCAAUUUCAAUUUUCACCCACCAGUGUCAGUCUUCCUGUAUCCUCUCUCUCUCAUCCCUUAUUGAUCUUCCAGUCUUUCCACCCUCCGUAAAUUUAUAUACAUAUAUAUACAUAUGCGUGUAUGUUCCAAGCGACCACGUUGUUCGAUUGAGUUAUUAGCAAAACGACGAGGUGGUUGGAGGGUCAGACAUGGCGCCGAACACGACUGGGGUCUGGGAGCUGAUGAGGCCUAUGCUUCACUUGCUAUUGCCACUCUGCGUUCAUUGGGUGGCCGAGGAAAUGACUGUUUCGGUUCUUGUUGACGUUGUUACGGAGGCUCUGUGUCCGGGAGAGUCAACCUGCACCGAAGCUAUUUACAUUAAUGGCCUUCAACAAACGAUUGUUGGAGUUUUCAAGAUGGCGAUACUUCCACUUCUGGGCCAGCUUGCAGAUGAGCAUGGGCGUAAACCAAUGCUCCUCCUUACCACAUCUACUUCCAUAUUUCCUUUCGCUAUACUUGCCUGGAAUCGGUCCAAGGGAUUUGUAUAUGCAUACUAUGUGCUCCGUACGAUAUCGUAUAUUCUAAGUCAAGGGAGUAUUUUCUGCAUUGCUGUUGCUUAUGCGGCAGAUGUUGUUGAUGACGGUAAGAGGGCUGCAGCAUUUAGUUGGAUUACAGGUCUUUCUUCUGCUUCACAUGUCUUAGGAAAUCUGCUGGCACUUUGUCUUCCUGAAAAGUAUAUUUUUGUGGUUUCAAUAGCCCUUUUGAUCAUUUGCCCAGUUUAUAUGCAAUUCUUUCUAGUUGAGACAGUUAAACUGGCUCCUGUGAGAAACCAAGAUUCGGCUUGCUUGUCAAAGAUGAUUAAGGUUUUGCAUAAACGAUACAAAUCGAUGAGAGAUGCCGCAACAAUAGUUUUUAGCAGUCCGACGCUAAGGGGCAUUUCUCUUGUUUCCUUCUUCUAUGAGUUGGGAACGUCUGGCAUUACAUAUGUCUUAUGGUACUAUCUGAAGGCUGCGUUUGGUUAUGGAAAGAAUCAAUUCUCAGAAAUUCUGAUGAUGGUCGAAAUAGGUUCGAUUGUUUCUCAGAUGUUGGUGCUUCCCCUAAUCAAUCCACUGGUUGGAGAAAAAAUAAUACUGUGCAUAGCUUUACUUGCAUCAAUAGCUUAUGCAUUAUUCAAUGGCCUUGCUUGGGCAUCAUGGGUUCCAUACAUGAGUGCCUUUUUUAAAGUUGUAGUUGUCCUUGUAACGCCUUCUACUUAUGCUAUUAUUUCAAAAGCGUCGAGCUCAACCAAUCAGGGAAAAGCACAAGGAUUUAUCGCUGGGGUGGAGUCAAUUGCAAGUUUGUUAUCACCACUUGUAAUGAGCCCAUUAACUUCAUGGUUCCUGUCUGACAGUGCUCCAUUCAACUGCAAAGGUUUCAGCCUGGUAUGUGCAUCAAUAUCCAUGGUUAUUGCUUUAUGUUGCGCUUGCAUACUCAAACCUGAAGCAAUCUCAAGCCACCACUCGGAGGUCAUUGAAGCACCACUUCUAGGUGAUAGUUGAUCACUUGCUGUACGAUAACCGUUUUUCUCAUCUGAUGCUGUUAAAUAUUUGGCAUCCUCAAGAGUUAAAUGAUGUCAUAAUAUGUUAGUGCAUAUAAAUUUUAGAGUACGCAUUUUUCUUCA